GCUGGGUGGCUGGUGUGAGCAAGGGACAUCUCUGACAGAUCCAAGCACCAAAUGUCUGCAGGGCAUUGUUCACUGUGCAACAGGGUAUUCCGAAAUGAACGGCGCAUGCGUGAAAGACGGGGUUGUUGGAGGGAGGUGCUGUGUCACGGAAGGAACAGCCUGUGAGAAGGACCCGGGUGCGAUCUGUGUGUGCGGCGUUUGCCAGUGCCCUACUGGAGUGCCGCAAGUCAAUGGGUUCUGUAAAACAGCCUCAAGCUCGAGAGAUGGAGAGAUGGGAGGGAAGUGUGUGCAGGGACGUUGUAAUGGGACAAAACUCCGAUGUGAGGACAAUGUCUGCGUGUUGUGCCCUGACAAAACCCAGGCUAGAGGACAUACCAGACACCUUUAAAUUGAAAUAUUAUGACUAAUCGAAUAAAGCGAG